GGCGUGCCCCGCGCCGCCAUGGCCGACCUGUUCGAUGAGAUCGUGAUGGCCGAGCAGAGGUUCCAUGGGGAGGGGUACCAGGAAGGGCUUGCAGAGGGCAGCCACGCUGGGAUGGCAGAGGGCAGGAGGUGUGGAGCACUCCACGGAGCCAGGAUCGGCUCAGAGAUUGGUUGCUACCUUGGGUUUGCACUGACGUGGCACUGUCUGCUCCAGAAGUGCACAGAUGAAAAGAACAGCAAAAAGAUGAAGGCUCUGGAUUCAUUAAUAGGGAUGAUUCAGAAAUUCCCGUAUGAAGACCCCACUUAUGAUAAGCUGCAAGAAGAUUUGGAAAGAAUCAGAGGAAAAUUUAAACAGGUUUGUUCAAUGCUAAAUAUUCAGUCUGAUUUUAGAAUUGGUACUGAGAGAUCUUCACUAACAUUUUGAAUGCAACAGAUGAAGAUAAACGUGGAUGACCAAAGAAAAAAAGCAUUAAAAGAACAGAACUGGAAAAAGUUUAUCUACUUUUAUAUUAUAAAAAAUCAAAAUAGUGAAGAGAUGUUGUUAAAAGGGAAGAAGAAGAAUCACUGGACUUGCAAUGUUAUUUAACAUUUAUUAUCUCCAAGUUUUAUUUAGGAUAUUACACACACUAGUGUGUAAAUCUGUUAUAUAGAAAUAUUUGUUUUAAAUCUUUGCUAGUCUUUUACUGAUAAUUCCUCAAAAGGAAAGCAAGCAUUUGCACAGUUUCCUUAUUUAAAGGAUGUCUGUUACUUAAAAGUCUGUGUAUGCAGAUCAUUCAGUUUACACAAUGUGUAGAUGCUGUGGGUGAAGGAAAAUAAAAUCAAUUCCCUGCAGAUUUUGCAGCAGGAAAUAUUUUUUGUGGGCAGAGGGUGGAAUGCAAAGGAGAAGGAUGAAGAUACCUGCUCAGAAUAUGGAAUUUGCACCUGGAUUUUCCAAUAGUUUUGCAGACUGACGGGGGAAAGGAGCAAACUCCACAAAAUCGAAGCCCAACAAGUCACCAGUUUAAAUGGUGGGUGAGAUAAACGUGACUGCCAGAAAAGUUGUGAUUCUCAUUGACUGUAUUUAUUAGUACCUCUUACACUGACCAGCCUUGAAAAGUGAUCUCUUUAGUCUCAUUCCAAAUCAAUGGAUACUGCCACCUGCAUGUAUUUAACUGUGUUAGUUGAGAGAAAUGCCUGGGACAGGCUUUGGCUUGGCCUGCUGGAUGUCUUUGCAUUCCAGUUCUGUAAGGAAUUCCAGAAUUCCUUUAUCAGCUGUACCCUGUGUGUGUCUGUCUCUGCCUGCAUGGCACAGUGCAGCCUCAUGAAGACAGAUUUGAAGGUUUUGGUUCAUUUAAUUGUCUUACAUGCGAAUUUUGAUGCACACAGGCAGUGUCAGAGCCAUCUAGUGGAUGUGUGGGAUUGUAGGAGUUCACAAAUAUUUGUGUCGGUGAAAUUGUUAAAAUAGGCAGUACAGAACGUACACACUCAUGAUAAUCCUAAUUAUGUGGAGAAUUUCUUUGAAAUGUAACAUUGAGGUAGGAAUUAAUUUGUACUUGUUUCCUCAUUUGCAAAAAUGGCAGGGUUAUGAGAGGUCCAAGUUGGAGAGCUCCAACUUCUAUUUGUUUAAUAGAAGUGUGUGAUAUGUGAGUGACAAGCCAAGGUGCUGCUCCAGAGAUUGUAUCAAACACAAUUAUUUUUGUUCAGCUCGGGAGAGAAAGGGUCUUUGGCAGUCAGGUGGUGACUGUUAUUUGGAAGAUUGACUUGGUGGCUAAUUUCUUGCUUUGCUUUAGUUUUAUUUUUAAUAAAAUAAUAUUACAAUAAAUUAUUAUAUAAAUGUGUAUAUACUGAACUGUAAGUAUUGUAUCAACCAGCAUUUCCAGCUGGGAUGCACCAAGUUUAGGGUUAUCUAUUAGGUCUUUAGUAUUUUAAUUAGGUUUUUAAUUAAGUUUCAUUUGUGUGUACACACAGAUGGAGUCUCUUCUUCCAUGAGUCUGUAUUUUUCUGAAUAUCUGCUGUUUUACACCUUGUGUGAGCCUGAUUUGGUUUAUUAAAUGAGGUACAGUUCAAAAUUC